AAACCGCUGAUUGAUGAGACGCAAGAGAGAGUCUCCGAAGCACACUAGUGAGUUUUGCGACGUCUCGAAACGAAUUUCCGAGCGUAGCCUAUCCGCCGCUAGUCAGGCAGGCAGGCACCGCUCCUCUUGGGAGGGCUUGCGAUCGCGAUAGCGCUGGCGGUAUCCUUCGCGUGCUCCGCGUGCGACGAUCGCUGUGCGACUGUACUGCGUGUGCGACGUCGCCCGGCGACGGCAUGGACGCGGCGAAUCUGAAGCUCGCGGAGGGGCUUGUGUCGCCGUCGUACGUGCGACAGGGCGGUCAGUCUCUCGCGCAGCGACACAACAUGGUGAAGAGCCUCUUAUCUCAGAGGAAGCUCCCAAGGGACGGUUGGGACGACGACACCAUCGAACUGCUGCUCAAGGACCUAGCUUUGAUGGACAGCAGCGGGUUCAAGGGCGGGGUGGGCAUGGGGGAGAGGGAGGCUCGGUGUGCGAGUGGGCUGGUGAGGAGGCGGCACUACGGCAUGACCCAUGGCAUGGGGCGGUCAGGGAACAUCACCGACGAGCAGCCAAAGGCUGCAGGGUCAACCCUGGCAUGUCGCCUCGCCAAUCUGCUGGUGAAGGACGCCCUCUCACUUGCAGGGCUCACAGACAUAUCAGCAGUGACGGUGCUGCCCGUGGCUACAGGCAUGGCCCUCACGCUUUCUCUCCUUGCUCUCAAGACCAGCCGACCCUCUGCGAAGUACGUGCUGUGGUCUCGCAUCGACCAGAAGACAUGCCUCAAAUGCAUCCUCACAGCUGGACUCAUACCCGUGGUAGUUCCUCUCGAGUUGAACGGUGACCAGCUCUGUACCAACCUCCCGACCUUGGAGCGAGAAAUUGAGUCUCGAGGGGCGGACAGCAUUCUCUGCGUCCUCUCCACCACCUCCUGCUUCGCUCCCAGAGCCCCUGAUAAUGUCGAGGCCAUAGCCCGUCUCUGCGCCCGCCUCGAAAUCCCCCAUAUAAUAAACAACGCGUACGGGGUGCAGAGCGCUGACAUCUGCGCUGAGGUCAGCCGGGCGUGGAGGAGGGGGCGAGUGGAUGCGGUGGUCCAGAGCACAGAUAAGAACUUUCUGGUACCGGUUGGGGGGGCUGUAAUCGCUGCUGGGCCUAACAAGUCAACGCUGGUCAAUGCAGUCAACGCCUCGUACCCAGGGCGUGCGUCCAUCUCGCCCAUCCUGGAUGUCCUCAUAACGCUGCUCUCGCUGGGCGCCAACGGGUGGCAGGCGCUGCUGCAGGAGAGAGAGGACCUCUUUCCUUACCUGAGAGACAGAAUGCGAGUGGUGGCUGAGAAACACGGCGAGCAUGUGCUGCAGUCGCCACGCAACCCGAUCUCCCUGGCGAUGUCACUCUCCUCGCUCACCCCUGCACAUCUGCCUGCUGGGGUCGCAUGUGGUCCCGCCGGCUCCACAUGCAAUUCUGCUGACGCCACACACAUGCAUGCUGAUGUCACUCGCGGUUCUUCGAACUCCAUGCUCCAACAUGCUGCAGAGCCAUCUGCCGUGGCAGCAGCAAAAAGAGAAGCAGUAGCACAGCCAACAGCAGCAUCAUCGUCAUCAUCAUCAGCAGCAGCAGCAGCGGCAGCAGGAGGAGAAGAGUCAGCAGCAGUACCAUCAGCAGCGGGGGGAGAGGGGCUGAGAGGGGCAGAUGAGAUGAGAGGUGCUGCCGCAUCAGAGAUGCUGCUGACAACUUCAGCUGGAGCCGCUGAGCCACUCACAACUUCUGCCACAACUUCUGCCACAACUUCUGCCACCCCUCCUGCCGCCACUCGUGCCGCCCCUCAUGCCGCCCCUCCUGUCGUGCUUCUCCCCUUAUCUCCCCCGCCCCAUCCACCUGCAGGCCCCAUCGCUCCCCCUAUCCUCGCCCCCACUGCUCCCCCUAUCCUCGCCCCCACUGCUCCCCCUAUCCUCGCCCCCACUGCUCCCCCUAUCCUCGCCCCCACUGCUCCCCCUAUCCUCGCCCCCACUGCUCCCCCUAUCCUCGCCCCCACUGCUCCCCCUAUCCUCGCCCCCACUGCUCCCCCUAUCCUCGCCCCCACUGCUCCCCCUAUCCUCGCCCCCACUGCUCCCCCUAUCCUCGCCCCACUGCUCCCCCUAUCCUCGCCCCCACUGCUCCCCCUAUCCUCGCCCCCACUGCUCCCCCUAUCCUCGCCCCCACUGCUGCCUCCAUCCCUCCCCCUGCGCCCCCAUCUCAACCGCCCCCCAUCACCUUCCUGGGCUCAAUGCUCUUCUCACGCUUUGUCUCUGGUUGUCGAGUCGUGCCUCAGGGUGUGAAGCAAACUAUUGGAGGAGUGUCACUGCAAGGAUUUGGAGCUUCUUAUGACAGUUAUCAUGUACCCUAUCUCACUGCAGCCGCUGCUAUAGGAGGUUCGAAGGAGGAAGUGGAUGAUUUUAUUUUACGACUUGAUAAGUGCCUUGUUGAUUAUAGAAAGAAGCUGCAGACUUCCACAGUCAGUAAUCUCAGUGAUUCUGAAGCAACCUCGAUGCCAUGAUAUCAUACGGUAAGCCCUUGUCAAGAACCAAGACAAGUGGGCGCGUUGCUGUGAAAUCCCUGAGAAAGAAGAGGCCAUUUGUGUAAAAUUCAUCCAUGAUUCAGAACUGCACUAACUAAUGUAG